AUGGCAAACUCCAAGGCGGCGACUUCUGACUCUGCAGAAGCCCUGCAUGGACUUAUUAACGAUGUGCUGAUUCAAACAGGCAAGGCACUGAAGUCUCUUAGCAAAGAUGGCAGGCAUCAAUCCCAGGCCCAAGCCUCUCUGCAAACAAAGAUGCCAGAGAUCAUCGAAAACUUCCACUGGAAACUGGAUGAUUUAGAGAGCGAGAUAAUACGGGCCAAGGCUGCCCUGCAAAGAGAUCUGGAUCGGUUCCAGCAAGCAAGACAACCGGUGCAACAGCCUGCACCAGUCGAGGCGCAAACCAAAUCACCCAUGGCCAUCGAUCUCGACUCAUCAUCUCGGGAGCAAUCGCCCCCUGAAAAUGAGCCCAAUAUCACGGAGGCUACGGGCCCGCACCGGGUCCCCGCAGAACCGAGCACAGCACCAUCCAUGGCUCCGUUCCCGGACAUGGGCGUCAGCUUCCAGCCAGCGCCAGAAUCCAGUCCCCAAGUGAAGCAGGAGAUGACGCCCGCGCCACCCGCUGCACCACCGGCUAUGAUGGCUCCCAUGGGCGAGAUCAAGCAGGAGAUGAAGGCCUCGCCGCCAAAUUCACAACCUCAGCCGUCAGGUGCCCCAGAGGCGCCCAUGGACGACUUGUUCGACCUCGAUGGCGACUCUGGAGGCGGUACUGAGGGCAACAACCCAGAGUUCCAUUUCACAGAUAUGACCUUCAGUUUGGCGCCACCCAGCAACGAGGCACCAGACCAAGCCCAAGCACAGGAUGCGGCCAUGGACAUGUCAUUCGGUUCCAGUGAUAUGGGCGGUGACCUCUUGUCACUCGAUAAUCUCCUUCCCCCAGAUAAUGCCACAAAACAAGAGAGUGGCACAGCUCCCCCGUCUUCGGCAGCAGCAGUAACAGCAUCUACAGCCGGGCAAGAGAAGCCGGUGGAAGCCAAGAUGGAGAAGCAGGAAUCCACGAACAUCGACGAUUUAUUUAACCUCGACGGUACCACAAGCAUGGAGAAUAUGGAUCUCGACAUGAACAUGGGCGGGGACGGGGGCGACGGCAACAGCUUUGAUGAUAUGUUCUUCGGGGACAUGACGGAGAUGGAGCACGGCAAGUUUGACGAUGCCUUCUUUGGGAUUCAGUAA